GAAGUAAGGUAACUUAAAUUUUUUUACCUGUUAUAGCAGGUUUCACAGGUCGCAUUACGUAAACUACAAUAGGGAUUACGUAAUGGUUACAUAUAAUAUGGUAAUCUUACGUAACAGUUGUAAAAGAUCAUUACGGAAGCCUUACGUAAUAGAAUGUGUCUUUACGUAGUGUGUAUCAACCUCGCGUUACGUAAAAUGCUAAAUCGUUACGGAAGUCUUACGUAACGCUACCGAUUUAACUGUUACAUAAGAAAUAACUGUCGUUUCGUAAACUUUACGUAAUGGAAGGUCUUUUUACGUAAUGAAUAUUAACCUCACGUUACGUAAAGUGCUAAGUCAUUACGGAAGCCAUAUGUAACACUCCCGAUUUAACUAUUACAUAAGAAAUAACUAUCAUUCCGUAACAUUUACGUAAUGAAGGUGUAUUUUACGUAACGCUUGUAAAAUGUCAUUACGAAAAUCUUAUGUAAUGGAAGGUCACUUUACGUAAUGAGUAUUAACAUCAUGUUACAUAAAGAGCUAAGUUACAAUGGAAGCCUUACGUAACGCUUCUAAUUUCAUAAGAAUUAAAAAAGGAAAGGAUAAAAUAAGGAAAAUCAACUAAAUGUGAAAAAGGAAAGAAAAAAAUAAAAAAGGUAAAUUGAGAAGGUGUUGACCGGCAACCAAGAUUGUCAACCCGCGGGUCAACCCGCUUUGACCAUGUCCCGGUGAGAAAAAUGGGUCGCACGCACCCGGCGGGUCGACCGCUACAAGGUACCGAAUUGGAGGUCAAAUUGUGUCUUUUUUUCUUUGGUUUGGAGAAUGCCACUAUUUUUCUACUUUUCUUUUCGCCUGACUCAAUUUCGGGAUUCUAAGUUGAACAUUUGAACAUUGAUGUUAUAUAAGUGUGUGUUUUCACUAUAUGUUGGAUCUAAGUAAGACAUGCUAUUUUGGUAGCAUAUUAUAUGUUAUAACUCAUACGUUAGAUGAUAUUUGAUAUAAUUUAUUGUACUUAAUAUGUUAUAACUCAUACGUUAGAUGAUAUUUGAUAUAAUUUAUGAGGAUAAGUACAAUAUAAUGACUCUUUUCAUAUUUUCGGGCUAAAUCGAACUAAAACGGGUGACCCAUUAACUCUUGACUCACUAGCUCGACCGGGUCCGGGUCAGCCUGCGGGUUGACAAACUUGCCGGCAGCCCUUGUUGCCAUUUUACUUAUUUGUUUAAUCAAUGGUUUAAAAUAAGUUUGAUCAAUUUUAACUAUUUAGAUCUCUACAAGUUAUCUAACUUAAAAUUAUACCCAAGCUACUGUAAGAAGUCCCUAUCAUUUCAAUCCAGACUCCAAUAUUCGAUUUUUCCGGUCGAACCAAUGGUAUGAUUUCUACAACCAUGGAUCGAGUAAAAUCCAAUCCGGGACUAGGGUCGGGAAUUCAAAAUUCAGUCGCUAAACAAGUCUUCUUCUCUUCUCUUUCAUCCCCAGUCCAUUUCAGUACCAUUCCAUACGCAGGCAGCAGUCUCGUUUCCAUCUGUCGAGUACCUUUUUCUUAUCGCAAGCAAGAUUUCACAGAGUCCUCCAAGAUCAACAGCCAUGUUCGAUCCGCAGAAUUGCGUGGAUUUGCGAGGGGAUCCAAGUUUCGUGGAGGACUCCAAAUCGUGGCUUUCUGGUCCUCCAAACUCUUCCCCACCUCACUCCCAAUUAACCAGCUCCCAGAUUGCCGCCCACUGUGCCGCCGCCGCAUCUACUUCCAAUGGCGGUGGAAAUGGCAACCUCCAUCGUGUUCUCUUCAACGAUCUGGUCGAGAUCGUCCCUCUUGUUCAGUCCCUCAUCGACAGGAAAGCCAGCAGUUCUUUCACGCGGCGGGGCUCAAUAGUAUAUACCAAGACGCCUUCCAGGGAGUCUUUGUCCAAAAAGGUGAUUGAUCGUAGGAAUAGGAAUACAGCUCAAUCUAUUCCUGCAAAAAAGAAAGGGGAUCGUGGAGAUAAGGAUGAAAGUAAGAGUGUUGGAAAUACUCAAGAUGUCAGCGACUUCACAGUGUUUACCUCAAGGGCUUUUGCUGCCGACAGUAACACAGAUGAGCUAAUCACAUUAAGGGAACAAGUGGAAGAUCUGCAGAAGAAGUUAUCCGAGAAAGACGAGUUAGCAAAAUCAUUGGAGAUAUCAGAAAGCCAGAAUGAUGCAAUUCAAGCUGAGUUAAAUGAACUGAAACAGCAGGUUUCUGAAAAGGAGUCUUUAAUAAGGUCCCAUCAAGUGCAACUCUCUGAUGCCAAGAUAAAACUGGCGGACAAGCAGGCAGCGCUAGAGAGGAUUCAAUGGGAAGCAAUGACAUCGAACAAUAAGGCUGAGAAGCUUCAGGGAGAGCUGGAUUCCAUUCAAGGAAACAUCUCGUCAUUGAUGCUGUUAUUUGAAGGCUUGACAAAGUGUGAUAUGUCAGCACUCAGUGAAGAUUAUGACAGCAAGCCAACAUAUUUAGACUAUGAUCCUGACAUUGACGAUUUGGACGAUACGGACAUUAGGGAAAUGGAAGAGGCACGUAUAAAUUACAUUGCAGCUGUUGCUGCGGCGAAAGAAAAGCGUGAUGAGGAAUCCAUUAUUGCUGCUGCGCUUGCUAGACAACACCUUCAGUUUCUACUUUGUAAGCCUAGUGCUGCAAAUCCAUUCAAGAAACUGACCAAUGCUAUGGCUUCUGAUUCUUCUUCAAGCAUAGUACAUGUGCGCUAGGGUCUUCUUAUUCGGUUGUAAGCUAUAACUAGCUGAUUGUCUAUUCCGAAGCUGUGGGAGUGUUUCAUUUUAAUAACUUGUGGGUGUUUUUAGAAGAAGUAUAGUGUCGUUAGUCUGCAAAGUUAUUGUGUUGAUGGUGCUAAUCUGUUUAAUCCACAUACUUAUUGAAAAUCUUCAGCUUGCAAAAUUAUUGAACAGAUCAGUUUUACUAUGUGUAAAAGA